AUGUCUAAUUGUUAUUCAUUAAUAGAAUCUUCUUAUUUAAUAAGAGAUGUUUUAAUAUUUCUCAAUGAAACAAAUGUUAUUAAACCACCCGUAGCAUUAACAAUUGAUCGUGUUAAAUCAGAAUUUACUGCUUUACGUCGAGAAAAUAAAACAAUUCAAAUUGGCAUAUGUCGCUGUAUAGAUCGAUCAUUAUUUAAUAAUACAACAGUACAACAUUUAGGUUCAUUAACAUUUCAUGAAUUUCAAAAUUUAUCUCAUAAUAAUCAAGUUAAUGAUAAUCGUAAAACAUCAUCAUUUGUAAAUAGUGAAUCAAAAAAACUUUUAAGUUUAUUUUCCAAUAAGAAAAAAACAACAUCAACUCAAAAACAAAAAAAUAAUCUCAUUAAAAAGAAAAAUACGAUUGAAACAGAUGAUCAAAAGCUCAUUUCAAAGUCUACUCAACAUCGACACAUAAAAUUAAUAGAAAAAGAUAAUUCAAUAUUUAUACAAAAACCAUUUGAUUCAGUUCAACAGACACCAAAUAUAUCAGUAGAUCACGUUAAUACCCAUGACGAAAAACAAUCAAAAGAUAUUUCUUCAUAUUCAUCAUCGGAUAAAUCUUGUCGAUCUUAUCGAAGUUUACCAACAAAAAUUGUUACUGAUGCAUGUUUUAUAUAUCGUCGUGAACUUAUCAAUAAACCUGAUACAACCAAUGCUAUGAUUUUACGUGGUCGUGAAAUCGCUUAUGAAGCAGCUCAUUCUCCAACAAUACCAUCAUCAAUGCCAAAUUAUAGUCAUGAUCAAAUUCGAGAACUCUAUGGUGAAAUAGACAAAAAAACUCGUCGUUUACAAGAAAAUCAAUAUAUAUUUCAUGCACCUAUGAUUGAUGCAUGGAGUGAAAAAUCUCCUUGGAAUUUAUCAUCAUCAUCAUCUUUUCAAGAUCAAUGUCCUUUACCAAAAUUUCGAUUAGAUAAAAAUGAUCAAACAAUAUUUAUGGCUACAUAUUUAUCAACAGGUUUAAGUAAUCCUCGAAUAAUACCAAAUAAAAUCAAAAUCAAUACAAAUGAAUUAGAUAAAAUUCGUGGUAGUUUUCAUACAUCAAUUGCUGAUCGUACUAAUAUUAGUCCAUCACCACUUUUACUCAAUGUUCGUUUUGAUUUUAAUAAAUUGAAUCCAACAACUACAAAUACAAGUUCUUUCUUAGAAGCUAUUCAACAGAAAAUAUCAACUGAAAAACAGUCUGAAAUCAUUCCAAUAUUUAAUUUAGAUGAUAUUCAACAACAUUCUACCGAACAAUCCAUAUCAUCAACAAAUAAUAUAAAUUUAAUUAUACCAAAAUCUAUUGCACCGUUAGUCGAAACAUGUGAAACAAUGGAUAUUGAUAGUUUAAUUGAUUUCGAUGAUCAAACAGCAAUAUCUUAUCAUACUGCCAAAGAAUCUCGUGUGGAAAUUGAUCUUGAUUCAUUAUUUUCAACUAAAAAUAAUCAAACAAUAAAUAUUAAUCCAUUAAUUACAUUUGAUGAUGGAUUUCAUACUAACGCAUCAUCCAAUGAUAAUAGUUGUGACUAUGAUGUACAUGCCUCAUCUAUUCAAUCAAAUAUAUUUUCUGAUAAUCUUCUCGAACAAACAGAAACAUUUACUCCUGUUGUAAUCAAUGAUAAUGAUGAUAUCUAUAAGAAAUCAUCGAUUGAUAAUCUUAUUGGAAUUGUUGAUGAUAUGAAUCAAAAACAAUCAUGUAUCAAUCAUUUAGUUUUUGUUUAUGAUGAUACAAUAAUAGAUAUUGAUGAACAAUCAAAACUUGAUAAAAAUCAAUCGAUUGAAUGGAAUACUGAUGCUGAAGAAAAUACAAUAACAGAUGAUAAAUCAUUAAUACAACAAAAUUCUGAUUAUCCAUCGGAAAUUAUUCUAGCAAAUACAAAUAAUUAUCAUCAAUUAUCAUUUAAUGAAGAAAAUAAUUCUCGUGAAAUAACAGAUGAUGUUGAUGAAGAAUUUGAAGAAUUAUAUCAACGUUAUUUAAAUGAUCUCGAUCAAUAUCAAAUAAUAUUAGAACAAAUUAAUGAAUUUGAACAAAAACAACAUCAAUUAACACCCAUCGAUGAAGAAGUCAAUACAAUUAAUGAACAGGAAAAUUUAAAAAUAAAUAAUAUUAAACCAUAUUGUUUAAUUUUACCAGUUAAACGUCAAAAAAAUCAUAUUGGUCAUUAUGGAUUUGAAUUAGAACAAACAGAUGAUGAUAAAAUCAUGAUUUCAUCGAUUAUUGAUUCACAAUAUUGUCCAAAUUUACAUGUUGGUGAUGAAAUUAUUAGUAUAAAUAAUAAUUCAACAUUAACAACACUUGAAGAAUAUCAUUUAUUAUUUCAUUCAUUAUGGUAUAAUCAAUGUGAAUAUAUUAAACUUACUGUUAAAAAAGCAAUAAACAUUCCAAUCAUAUCACGUAAAUAA